UACCUCGCAGAAUCUUACGCCGUUUAAUACAAUUUAUUACGGUAGUCAGGGAAGCCGCUACCAGAUGGGAGUUAAGUGACUAAACCAUAAGCCAUUGAAGCCACACGCUUUGGAAGCAGAAGGUCGAGCGAAAAACGGCCUCCGAAAGGUGACCUCACUGGACAAGGCCACCCCUCCCAGGCUGCCCACGAGACCAGGAAGAACGAAAAAGGGGAGUUUGCGGACGGUCCCUGAGAGGUGGCCGGGCGAGACCGAGGGAGCGCGUCCAGAGCAGGUCCGCUUUUGACGCUCCGAAAAACGGGAUUUUGCAGAGAGCCCCUGAAGGCCCCGCUUUCCCCGCCCUCGACGGCUCCUCCCCCUCCGUUUGCCGGUGCUUCGAGCCUCGGGAGCGGCCAGGAGGAGGCUAUAAGAGAGACCGGAGGGGCUCGUCGGGCGGCGCUGCUGGCCGACUCUUCACUCAUGCAGCGCCGUCGCCGAAGGGGGGGAGCCGCGCCGAAGCACCGAGGGAGCAAGUGAGGCAAGGAGGAAGGACCCCCCCCCGCUGCUACACCUCCUCCUCCUCCUCCUUCCACACCGCCGCCGCUCCCGAGUCAGCCGUCCCCUCAGUUACCGCCGCCAUCCGCCUCCCUCCUCUUUCUACUCCUCGCCUCAGUCGGCUCGCCUGGAAGCGAGGCGAGGAGGGGGCGGACCAUGCGGUGGAAGCGGAGCCCUUGGAGGCCCUGGCGGCUUCCCCGGCGGUCGUUGCUGGCCGCGCUCUUCUUUUUCUCGCUCUCCUCUUCGUUCCUCUACUUCGUCUAUGUGGCUCCCGGCAUUGUGAACACCUAUCUCUUCAUGAUGCAAGCCCAAGGUAUCAUGAUUCGUGAAAAUAUGAGAACGAUAGGAGCGCAGGUUUAUGAACAGGUGGUCCGCAGUGCCUAUGCCAAGAGGAACAGCACUGGAAAUGACUCUGAUUAUCCUCUUGAUUUGAAUCACAGUGAAAACUUUCUGCAAACAACAACUUUCCUUCCUGAAGAUUUUACUUAUUUUCCAAAUCAUACUUGCCCUGAGAGGCUUCCUUCUAUGAAGGGGCCAAUUGAUGUAAAUAUGAGUGAAAUCAGUAUGGAUGAGAUCCACCAGUUUUUUUCUCAAGACCCUACUAUCAAAUUAGGAGGCCACUGGAAGCCUAGUGACUGCUUGCCUCGCUGGAAAGUGGCUAUUCUAAUCCCAUUCCGCAAUCGUUUUGAACAUUUGCCGGUUCUAUUUAAACAUCUUAUUCCAAUGCUGCAACACCAACGUUUGCAAUUUGCAUUUUAUGUCAUUGAGCAAGCAGGUAAUCAGCCCUUUAAUCGUGCUAUGCUCUUUAAUGUUGGCUUUCGGGAAGCUAUGAAGGACUUGGACUGGGACUGUUUCAUCUUUCACGAUGUGGACCAUAUACCUGAGAAUGAUCGUAACUAUUAUGGAUGUGGACAGAUGCCAAGACAUUUUGCUACUAAGUUGGAUAAGUACAUGUAUAUCCUUCCAUAUGCUGAAUUUUUUGGUGGAGUGAGUGGCUUGACAGUGAAACAGUUCAAAAAAAUCAACGGCUUUGCAAAUGCAUUCUGGGGCUGGGGUGGAGAGGAUGACGACCUUUGGAACAGGGUUCACUAUGCAGGCUACUUGGUUACUCGGCCAGAAGGAGAUACAGGGAAAUACAAGUCAAUUCCCCAUCAUCAUAGAGGGGAAGUUCAAUUCUUAGGAAGAUAUGCACUGUUGAGGAAGUCCAAAGAGAGGCAAGAAUUGGAUGGCCUCAAUAAUUUGAACUAUUUUCCAAAUAUUACAUAUGAUUCUUUGUAUAAAAAUAUAACUGUCAAUCUAUCACCAGAGCUGGCUCUGGUGAGUGAAUACUAAGAAAAUAUGAGAAGAGAAUGUCAAGAGAUGGUUUUUUAGAUGUCUCCUGGACAAGAAUAAUCUUGUGUCUAAUGAAGGAUCACAGUGUUUUGAAGAAUAAUUUUCAAAAAUACGCACAGAGAUCAUCAGACUGUAGACAUAUUCACACUGUCAGCGAGUUCAGAUUUAACUUGCUUUUUGAUUUCUUUUUAAAAAGAACAGUGGUGUGACCUGCUGCUUUUGUCCCAGCAUUCCAUUUCCUUAAGCAAUCUCCAGUAACAAAUAGAAAUUGAAUGUGCUUUUCUGCUCAUAAAACCAGUUUGGCUUAAAAGAAAGAAAGAAAGAAAGAAAAGUCUUGGUUUCUUGACUUACGGUGCUGGAAACUAUCCUGUAAGCAACUGGUGUCAAACUUGCAGCGUCACGUUGCCAUCAUGUGACAUAUCGCGAUGUGUUUUCCUUUUGUGGAGCUGGGGUGGGUGUGGCCUCCGCGUGAGGCAUCCAGCCCGUGGGCUGCCUGUUUGACACCCCUGCUGUAAGCUAUGACCAUUAUUGGAGAUGAACUGCUACUUAACAGUGACACCAUUCUUUUGCAUUUGUGUUUGCAUUGGUUUUCUAAUUGACUUGCUUGAAGGAAAAAAGAUAUAUAUAUAUCUAUAUAUAUCUAUAUCUAUAUAUACACACAAUCACUUCUUAAAGAAGUAUAGAUGUAGAUAAGCUGUAUAAAUUGCUUUCCUUUAUUUUUUAAAAAAUGCAGUUCAAAACUGAAGCUGAAGGUUUACAACUUAGCAUAACUCAAGUAAGCACUCAACUGUGUGAGCACUUCAGUACAUAAGGAUGACAUGCAAGUAAUUCUUUUCAGGGCUAUUUAAGCAGUUGUUAGUGGGAUUGAGACUGUCAGUUCAUUGGUGGUUUUGGGAACAAUACCAGUGUUUAUUGUAAAAGGAGGAAUCUGACAUUGGGAGAGUGAAUUUUAUUCAUGAAAGUGAAAAGGCCAAAUGCAUAGUCUUUCUGGGUUGUUGGUUUUGUUUUUUUGUUUUUUUUGUGUGUGUGUGACCCAGUGCAUUUUGUCCCCAUAUUCCAAACCGACAGCAAAACAUCAGAAAAAAUAUCUCCCUGUUUCAUCUUGGUAAGGGACAAAAAGUCUCCAGAAAGUUAACCAAGUUUCCACUUUGUUUGGUUAAAGUUUGCAAAUCAUUCAGUCUGUUUUUGGAAAAAUCUAUAGUGAUUUCUGUAACUUUAAUUGGGGUGGGUGGGUGUAUGAAUAAUAUUUUGAUAUAUUUAUUGUGUAAAUGAAACUGAACUAACAUAGACUAAAACUGUAGGUUGAAGUUCUUGGGUAUGAUUAUUAACCAGAAAAACAUUGCACAAGUACAAGUACUGGGAUAAAUAUAUCCAGACUCCUACUCUUAAUUAAAAGAAUGAAGGGCAUUGAGAUUAGUUUUUAAAAAUGUGAAUAUCAGGCAGAAUUGGUUGGUCCAUAAUCUCUCUCUAGUUUUUGUUUUAACCUACCAUAAUAAGUUUGUGCCUUUGUUUUGUUUUUUUCUGGUUUAGAACCAGUCCAUCUCUUUAUAUAGCAUGUACAGACUUUUUAAAACUGGGGUAUUUACUCUGGUAAAACAAAUUGUUCUUUAAUAUAUAUUUAUAGACAGAGUUUAAUGUGAAAAGUACUUUAAUCUCUUUGAUUGCAUUGUUGCCUUCAGUUGCUUUAACUUGUAUAGGGUUGUGGUGGGUUUUUUUUUUUAGAUUUUGGGUUUGGUAGAUAUAUGACCCCCAUAUACAAUUGUUGUGGAGGUGAUUAACCAGACCCAUUUUCUUGAAUCUCAAGAGUUAUGAAGGGGCGAGUGUGUGCUUGUGCGUGAAAGAGAGAGAAAGUGUGCAUGUGUGCAUCUUACCAGCUGAUAUGAAAGGGCAGGAAGUCUGUUCUUGAAUUUGCUGAUAAGGCUUUAAAAUGUUUCAUAAUAGUACCUUUACAGUUGCUGCAGAGGGAAUAACUUAGCUUUUAUUCUUUUAAUGGCACAUGAAGCAAUAAAGACUUCUACAUUUUGAUAAUUUUCAGUUGUGAAUAAUUCAUAUGUAUUUUUUUUAAACUUGGAAGGCUAGUAGAAAUUAACAUUUUAUUUAAUGGUGCUUCGGUUGAGAAUGUGUUUCAAUCUGUCUUAAUUCACCUUGACAUUUCCAAACAUCUAUUUGGCAGUGCUACACACACACACACACACACACACACACACACACACACACACACACACUCUCUAUAAAAAUAGAUUAUGCACCCUUCUACUAUACCCUCUGAAUUACCUCUGCUAAGAAUGCACUUGUUGAAGAUUGGUGUGAAAGAGUCAGUUUCACUUCUUAAUUAGUUCUGGAUUGAUUUUUUCCCCCAAAAAAUUAUUUUCUUGCCCUUCCUUUAAAAGUGUGGAAUAUCUUUUAAAUGUGCACUGUUGCUCUUAUCAGGUAAGUCUGCUAUUGUAUGGUAAAUGUAAUUGUUGGAAACAUAACUGUCAAGCGCAUGUGUUGUUAUGGUGUUUUAAAAAAUCAUUUAAAAUGUGUACAUUAAUAGCUGAAAUUUCAACAGAGUGCUCCCCAUUUCCAUCAGCACUGUCAGCUAAUAUUGCUAAGGGAUAGAACACUAUCAUUACAAAAUGUAUGUUUUAUAUGAGCCAUGUAAAUCUUUAUUUGCUAAACCUCUUUUUUUUUGUAAAAACUGUUUUGUAUUCAGUUUAACAUCUGAGCAACCACUGUGCAUUGCCAAACUUCUACUGUCAAAGAUAGAAUUGAAUCAUAUGUAAUUUCUUUCUUUCUGUUGUUUUGAGCUUCUCUGUGUUUUCUGUGAGGCUCCAGGGGUAUAUUUUUGCACUGAAAUCUAGUGUUAAAACACACAAUUUUCAGCAAUCCAUUGUAUCAUUGCAUUUAUGCACCUGUGUGUUUGUACAUUUUUGUAUUUGUUAACUUAUGAGUGAUUUUUUUCAGUAAAAAGAAUACAUAUUCAAGAACCAAGAAA